UCGACGUCACUAAUGAUUAUUGGCAUAACCUUAUUGUCGACACAAUAUUCGUUUUAAAUUGUUAAUCGGAGUGAUAAGAUAAUUUUUAUAUGGUGCGAUUAAGUUUUUGUUAGUAUACAAUAGGAUUUAUCGUGAGCACAUUGGAGUGGUAGUGAUUACAUAGAAAAGAGUAUACAAAGAACAAACAACAUGGGCAGCUCGCAGUCAUAUCCUGGAUUGACACAAGAUGUUCUCGAAGACUACGCAUCUCUGACCUAUUUAAAUAAGGGUGAAAUUUUAUACUUAAUGAAAAAGUUUUAUUCAAUUGGUCCGGAAAAGAUUCAACAUGACUUUCACCAUAGAUUUAGCAGAGAAGAUAUUUUAUCGAAGUUCCAUGUGUUGGAGAACAAUCCAUUUCAAGACAGGAUUUUCAGUGUAUUUUCUUCAAAAAACGAUGACUGCUUUUCGUUCGAAGAUUUGGUGGAUUUGUGUUCGGCUAUGAGCGCCGAGUGCCCUGCUGUUGUCAAAGCUGCUUGGGCUUUUAGGAUAUUCGAUUUAGAUGGAGAUAACCAGAUAACAGCUAAUGACAUCAACGGGAUCGUAGACCGACUCACUUUGAAUACUAAAGGAGAUAAUGUUGAGAACUGCCUCGAUCAGGAAUCUAAACGACAAAUUGCUAAAGUUAUACUGGAUGAAAUAAAGGAGAAUGCCCGUUUUGUUAGGAGAUUUGGGCCCCCAGAAAAAAAUUGCGUGCCAUGGUGGUAUUAACUUUAUUUUGAAGAACGACAAUUACCUUUUCAGACCCUGAAAACAAUUUAUAAUUUUUCACCCUAGUUUCCGAGAAUUAUUGAUUUUUUUCUGAUGAAGAAAUUGAGGUUAUUAGACAAUAUUUUUUCAAAAACAAUUUGCGUUAAAACAAUAAAAUAUUUUUAGUAUUAAUAUUGAUUCCCAAAUGAAAUAAAAACAUCAGA